AUGACGAAUCUUCGUUUGGGUUCGACUGCGCCUGAUUUUUACGCCGACACUACGCAAGGUCCAAUCCAUUUCCACGAUUGGCUUAAUGAAUCCUGGGCCAUCCUAUUCUCCCAUCCGGAGGACUUUACGCCGGUAUGUACGACCGAGCUAAGUGAGGUGGCCCGUCGCCGGAGCGACUUUGAGAAGCGCCACGUCAAGGUCAUCGGCCUCUCUGCCAAUGAUGUGUCUUCACACCGACGUUGGGUCGAGGACAUCAACGAUGUGUCUGGCUCAAAUGUCGCAUUUCCUAUAAUCGGUGAUGCCGAUCGUUCGAUCGCUACGGCAUAUGAUAUGCUUGAUGCCUUGGACCCGACCAAUGUGGACGCAAAUGGCGUACCUUUCACGAUCCGAGAUGUACUAGUAAUCGACCCUAAAAAGAUCAUUCGUCUGAAGAUCUCCUACCCCGCCUCUACAGGCCGGAACUUUGAUGAGAUCUUGCGUGUCAUUGACUCUUUGCAGCUUGGUGAUCGUUACCCUAUCACUACGCCUGCCAAUUGGCGUCCAGGGGAUGACGUGAUUAUUCAUCCCAAGGUGAACGACGACGAAGCUACGGUUCAAUUUCCAGGCUACAAAACGAUCAAACCCUAUCUUCGUCUUGCGGCGGACCCUAGUAGUCAAUGA